GACACACAAGAAUUUAGCCCAGUGCUUGCACUCAGUGGUUGACAGACAAUAUACCCUGAUCAAUCCCUGCUAUUCCAGAAUGUCACCCAAGAUUACACAGGAUACUACACCUAAAAAGUCAUACAGAAAAAUUUUUAGGGUGAAGUAGGGUUUGAACAGCUCCACAUAUACCUUGAAUGAUUGCUCUCUGACCUUUGCAUGUCUGACAGGAUGAAUUCUACUUCACUCACAGGAUUGACAGGCCUGAACUAUGUGUAAAUCCACCUCUGCAUUACAUCCCACGUUGGGCGUUGUUAGUGCAGGACACGACAGUGGAGAUGAACUUCAAAAGUUGGAAUUCCUUUCUUGGAAUCCAGACCCUGCAGAUGUUCCCUGCAGAGAGAAGGACCAGUCUGACGGGAGAAACUUGGCAGAAGGAGAUCAAUCUCAGUCUAGCUCCAUGGGCCCCUCCCUGGGGCCGUUAUCCUGAAAAAGAUCCUGUAAGUCUUGAGGAUACCUGGGAUCCUCACAGAGAAGCCCGUCCUAGGAAACCCCUGCCCAGAUCCUGGUCCCAAAGCUCCUGACUCCAGUGACCCAGGCAAGCAUACUCCGUGGUUGGAUUUUGGUCUCCUGGGCAGCACUGACUGGAAGAAGUGAUUUCCUGGCUGCCCAAUUCCUGAAGUUCCUGAGCUGGCCACCAGCCAGGACUCAGUCCCAAGAGCCACAUCUGGGCAGGGGCAGAGCCUGAUGCUUGACCUGAUACUUGGAAUGGAGAGCACAGAUGGACAAGGACCUGAGGCCAUUAGCCACCUGCCCUGGGGGACUUAGGAGACUACAUAGGAAAGUCAUUGUCCCCAGGGGAGGAACAGAGGAGAGAAGAUAAUGCUAUCAGCUCCUUGUCCUCCAGGGAUCAGGCCCGGGGUCAUUCUCUCUUGGAACUAAACAAUAAGAUAUACCAUUUAUAUGGGUAAUUCCUCUCUAGCAAGAUUCAGGUCAGGUAUGUGAAUUUUUUAAGGUUAAUUUACCAAGAACCUGGCAGUCAAAUAUUUACCUUACUUCAUGGACGGGAAACUUAGGCACAGAGAGAUUAAAGUCACUGAAACAGAGUCACAUAGACCAUGAGUAGUAUAUCAGUUACAUGAGGUCUGUCUGCAGCCAUAGCCCCAUCAUCUCCCCAACCUGGGGGCCUUAUUACAUGUCUGUGGGCCCCAAGACCAGCUGUUAGUCCAGAUCCUUUCUUCUUAUGUGUCUGCAGCUCAGAGGGAGAGAUUCUUGUCUGGGGAGUGACAACCAAUUGAGAAUUCAUCAAAGUUUACUCUAGAGCUAAAUAACCUGCAUGAACAAUCAGAGUCAGUGCAGGGAAUGUCCAGGCUUCCCUGUCAGGUGGCCAAUCAAAGCUCCCUCACUGGGGGAGGGGAAACCUUUUAGUGUCCUCACCAUUCACCUGUCCACUCUCAACUCUGGGCAGAAUCUCUCAUCCAUCUAGGAUUUGAUACUUAAAUUACUGACCUGUAUUUCUGUCCUUCCUCCGUCUCAACAUUGAGACAGGUCCAAAAGGUGACUUCUGCUCAUGAUUUUGAGGGAAAAGUUCUGAAAAACAGCUGCUUUCACUCACCUUCAACAGACCUGCUCUUGAGUGCCAUGAUCACCACCCAAAAGGAUUUGGACACUGUUUUUUUGUAGUUAGAUGUUUUCCAACUCUUAGGGAUAAAUGUCGCUGUCUCCAUGGGGAUGACCAGUAGAAAUGGAAAAGGAGAAAUUGCGUUCCCAGAGAUCUAUAAGAAGGCAUGAAAGCUUAAAAUCCUCUGAAAGACCACAUAAAAUCCACAUUCCUGUUCCGAAACAUCGGUCCUGUUUGGCUUUCAUCAUUUCCUUAAGACAUAAUUAGAAAAAGUGACAUUAAUAAUGAAUUAGAUGAAUAAAACAUACAUCACAGUUACUCAUAAAACUAAAAUAGUUAUUUGUUUUUCCUCUCAAAGAGCAUCCAGUGUAUUAUGUUCAUUUUCACCAUGAUGUAAGCGUGAUCUUCUGUCAAUAGGCUAUCUACAAUUUUGUGAGCUGGUAGAGAUGACACUCCUUUUCUCUUUAAAUCUCAAAUACAAAACUAGAGGAGGUCCCUGGAUGCUCUCCCAUAUCCAACCGUCUGGGAUCAGCAGCAGGAGGGGCCAAGCCAAUAUCCCCUGGUCCUCAAAACAGAAGAGGUGCCCUGGGCUGUCCCUGUGCCCUGAUGUUCCAGUGUCCCUGAAGCACAGAUGACAGGAUGUGGGGCCCACAGAGAGUCCCAUGCUCUCUUUGUGGCUCUAUCCUAACUAACAUCAGAACUCUGAGCACUUUGCCUCUGCAGUGUCCACAGACAGCCUGAAGUUGUAGAAACUGAAUGCCUACUUGAAAGCACUGGCCCCAUGCUCAGUUCUCAUGGGAAACUCCUGGGUACACCCAGACCAUGCAACCAUCUGCCAAGAUGCCCUGAGACAGACACACAAGUCCUGGCAGGUGGUGGUCACUAAGGCUUGAAGGCACUUUCCCACUAGGUGGCCCAGAUCCCAUUACCUGGCCCUUCUCUUAGAUGCUGGGAGAGUCAUGUGAGGUGGUGGGUUUGGUCAGCUGCUCACUGAGAGCAUCCAGACCCUGGUGCCAGGGAGGCAGUGCUGGGCUUUCAGGCAGUGCCAGGAUGGGAGAUGGAGGUUUGACAGGGAACAUGCAGUGACAGCAGGAGCCAUAGGCAGGGUGUGGGCCACCGGGAUUAAUCUCUGAGAGAGGAGGACGUCAGGACCUUUCCUUGUAUCCAGAGGGGACUCUGAACAGAAGCUUCCACUUUAGAGGCAACGUCUUCAAGGAUGAGACAUAAACCAGGCUGGAUAUCCAGCCAUCCCUGUCUGCAUCCAGUAACAGAUACAUAAUAAACACUCACUAAGGGGAUGAGGGAAAAAGCACAAUAGAAGCCUGUCAUCCUCAUGUGACACCUGGGGGUCAGAACAUGUUCUGUGUAGACACAGGGGCACUGACAUCAGCAUGAGAGGAGGCCAACAAAUUCUCAUGGCUGUCCCAGGGAUUGGUCUUCACACUUUUUAGAGUCAGGAAGGAGGACAGGGACCUCCUAACAGUGAAGGGUCAGAUCCUGAUUCAUCCGAGAAAAAUCACACCCCCUCUCCAUCUCUACUUUGUGAAUGAUUUCUCCUCUCCCCCGUGGCCUGGGCCAGAAGCCCAUGUACUUCCUAUUCUCACAGAGAACUGAUCUUGUACAAAAUCUGGAUUCUCCAUUCCAGAAUAAGUUACCUCCAGGGAAGUCAUAGCCCUACUCUGAUCACAAAGGAAGUCACUGGGUGACACCCCUUCCCCAGGGUUCCUGGUCUGUGGGGACACCUAGCUGUGCACCCAUGAAUAUAUCUCACCAGCCAAAAGUGUUGGAUGAACAAAGGGAAUUUCCCAUGCAGGAUGGGACAGGGAAACCAGGAUAUGUUUGCUUCUAUCUCAAAGGGGCUGAGGGUUCCACAGGGGCCUCUCCUCCUGAAAGAAAGGAAUCCACAGGAUCCCCUUUCUGAGUCUCCACAUGGAGCUAGUCCACAUCAUGGGCUCUGUGAGGAGACCCAGAGCAGAUGACAGACAGAGACAAAAUGACUCUGAUGCAAUGCCCUAAUGUUGCAAUAGGAGAAACACAGCCCAUUGUGGGGACCAGCACCCCAGGCCCUGAGAUGUCAAGAGAUCACUCACUGGGCCUUCCUUUUGAAAGCUUGGGGUAAGAGACCUCCUCCUGAAGCAGCACAUCCAUGAGGCAACACAAGACACUGGGUCAGGAAUCCACUGGACAUUGCCUGUCCUUUUCCUGGACUGCCCCUAAACUGAGAUGGACUCAGGUAGCCCGAGACUUGCAGUGACAGAACCUGUGCUGACAGGCCCCUGCAGCCUAGAGGCCAGAGACCACCUCUGCCCAAGGCUCAGGGCAGGUUCACAUCCUAUGUAGCCUGGUCAGCAUCCCUUGUUCAGCCCCUGACAUUGGCUCUGGGUCUCCUCAAGCCCUCCAGGGAGCAAAAUUCAGACUCACAGACAAGUUGUAGGAAAAUAACUCAUAAAUAUGGCUUUGGCUAAGGGGGUGAAAAAGGAGCCUGAUUUCCAUCCCGCGGUCCAACAGACCCUUCUGAGUCCUUCCUACCUGCCUGGAAUAUCCUGCUCACUCCUCUAAGGUCCUCAGACCACCCUACUCUGUCAGGGAUCCCACCCAUAAGAAAGGCAGGGUGAUCACAGGAAGAUCAGCCAGGCAGAGGACAGAGGCCCCCAGGAUGGUCAGGGAGCACAUGGACAGGCUUUGAGCCACAGCUCAGCCAACACACAUGGAGAAGGGGGUGGUCUCCCUGAAAACUUCCCCUGAGGACCAGGGAGCCCACAGCUACCCGACCUCCAACCACCAUUAUCAUCUCACGCAGGACAUGCAGGAAACCUCCCCAUUCACAUCCAGGAACUGGAGCUACUUCUGAGACACCCAUAUUUGGUGACUAUAACUGGAAGCAGAGGCCAGGCUUGUGACACUAAAAGAUGUAGGGUGAGUCACCUCACCAGUCAUCACUUAGCUUGCCCCUUUCUCAUCCCCAGAGUCACCUCUGUGACCUUCCUGCUGGAGUAAAUCUAACCUUCCCAGAGCAUUUGAAGACACUGGGGACACCCUGGUGCCCAACUGGGUUUCUGCGUCACAAACAGAAAUAAUACCCCAGAUUUGAGGACCCCGGGUCUCUGUAUAGUGCUGACAGACCCUAAGGCCAGGAUAUAGCAGAGGCUAAUGCCGGGGGGAGGGUUGCUUGUCCACUGAGGGGACAGGGAUCCCCAUCAACCUUGCUAUUGAAAGUGCCUUCCACAGGCCAGUGUGAUCAGCAUCAUCUGAGAGCUUGUUAGAUGCAGACUCUCAGGCCCACCUCACACCUGCAGGGUCAGAAUCUGCAUCUUAACAGAAUCUUCUGAGUCUGAACAGGAAAACGGGAGAAGCAGCUCAACCCCAACGAGUGGGGGCUCAACCUGGCAAGAUAUCCACAAUCCUGGGCAGCUGCUAAAGUGGUAUUUCUAAGGUGUCACCUGGAAAGUCACAAUCUUUAUAAAGUUCCAAAGGUGAUUCCAAUGCACAGAGCCAGUGACAUCCUUUUGACAAGAGUCUCCGGUAGCCCCCAGGUUCCUACUCUGAAGGGAAAAGCCAGAAGGGGAUGAGAGAGAGGGAGGGUGACUAUGCACUUCGAUCAAGAGCUGUGGGACAGCCCAGGACACGAUGGCCAGACUUUCGCUUGUCCAAACAAGAGUUUAUGCGUGUGUGUGUGUCUGCAUGUGGCAGGGACUCACUAUUGAAGAAGGCGGAGGAGUCAGCAGUUCGGAAAUAUAGAUAGAAGGGAAAGAGAAGAAGAGGAACAAGGGAGGCAGGAGUGAGAGGAGGGAGGAGCAAGGUCCUUGGCAGAGGCCCCGCCCUGGCCCAUGUGACCCGCCAAAUUGCUCCUGCCCCAGAAGCAGGCCGAGCACAGAGGAGGGAAGGACAGCAGAGUUGACCCCUUGGGAGCAGCAGCACUCGUGAGUUUUCUGGAGCCCAAGCUCUUCUCACAGAGGGGAGGACAGAGCAAACAGCAGCCACCAUGCAAUCAUCCUCAACUCCUGCCCACAGAGGGUGUGUCACCUGGCAGGGGCGCCUGCUGGCAGUCCUGCUCCUAACCUUCUGGAACCUGCACAUCGCUGCUCAACUCACCGUUGAAUCAGUCCCACCCAAUGGUAUCCAAGGCAAGGAUAUUCUUCUCCUUGUUUCCAAUCUGCCUGCCAAUCGUUUAGGCUAUGUUUGGUACAAAGGGGACAGAGUAGAGCCCAAACUUCAAAUUGUAUCAUAUAUAAUAAACACAUCAGAAAUUACCCCAGGGACUGUGUACAGUGGUCGAGAGAAAAUCUAUGCUGAUGGAUCUCUGCUGUUCCAGAACGCCACCCCGGGGGACACAGGAUAUUACACCCUUCAAGUCAUAAAGAGAACUUUGCUAACUGAAGUAGGAACUGGACAGCUCCAUGUAUAUAAGCCAGUGUCAAAGCCCUCCAUCUGAGUCAGCAUAGGACAUAAGGACCCCAAUCAAGGAAAAUAAGAACCCCAUGGUCCUGACCUGCUUCACAAACAACACCAGGAUCUCCAUCCAGUGGUUCUUCAAUGACCAAAGUCUGCUGCUCACUGAGAGGAUGAAGCUGUCCCAGGACAACAGCACCCUCACCAUAGACUCCCACAGAAGGGGCAAUACUUGGGAUUAUCAGUGUGAGUUCUCCAACCUGAUCAGUUCCAGUAAAGGUUACCUCCUGGAUAACCUUUAAAGCUGGAUGUGAAAUAUGAGUCUGGCCCUCUGGCUCUUACCCUCUUCUAUGUUAUUAAACUCUGAAAAGAUUUUUUUUUCUUAUCUGUAAAAUGAUGGUUCUGAUGCUAUUUUUCAUUAGAGUUGUUAUGAAUAGUCAAUUAAAAAGAUGAAAAUUCCUUAGAAGAUUUGCAUUGAGUCAAUAAAUGCUCAACAAUGUGAA